GCGGCGGGCAGGGACUCGGUGUGGGGCCGGGGCCGGGGCCGGGGCCGGGGCCGCCCCCUCCUCGCCGGCUCCCGGGGCCGUGCCCCAACGGCCGAGGGACGCGGGGCUCCGGCUUUGCCCCCCCGGCUCCGCGCGGCUCCAGCCCCCGUUUGCCGGCCCCGCCACGUCGAAGCGGGACCGGGGCCGCUCCUCGACGGGGGUCCCGCGCCCCCCCGGCCCCCGAGGCGGGGCCGGAGCCAGGAGCCGCCGGGCGCCCCCGCGGUGCCAGGGGCGGGCGCUGCCGGGGCCGGGCAAAGGGCAGCGAGCGCGGCUGCGGGGGGGCUGCGGCCGCGGGGGGGCGGCGGGGCCGGACCCCGCCGGGAGGGGCCCCGGGCCCGGCCGUGUCCCGGCGGCUCUUCCAGCCGGGCGGCAGCCGCGGGUCGCGGUGCCCCGGGGGGCAGUGCGGGGUCCCCCGAGCCGCUGGGAGCCCUCAGGGCUUUGUGCAGCGAGGGUGAGCCCGAGGGGGCCCAGCGCUGCCAGCCUGGGCCAAGAGCGAGCCCCGAGCGUGGGGUCGUGCCCGGGGACAGCCCCCGGGUGGGGACCCGCUGGGCACGGCCGGCAGCCCCCCCCCCGGCACAGAUGUGGCCGAGCGCUGGGGGCUUGCAGCAACCUCCCCAUGGAGGGGCCUGCGGGGGCCUCGUGGGGUCGGGCAGCGCGUCCGGGUGGGCACCAGGAGGGUGAAUGGGGGGGGGGUCUCGGCAUGGCCAAGGCUGCUGCUGCCAUCGGGAGGUGGGGAGGGGGCAGGGCCAGGCCUUCCCCUGGGGUCGGGGCUGGCACCGCGUCCCCUCCACCCCGCAGCCAUCGGGGGCGGCCGUGGGGGGCUCCUGCGGGGGGACACCCGGGCAGGGCAGCGCGGUGUGGGGAGGGCAGGAUGGCGAGGACGGGAGCAGCAUCCCCUGCCCCACGGCCGGGGGGAUGUCACCCACCCGGGGACCCCGCGCUGUGGUGUGAGGGGCUCAGCCCAGCCCGGCGGGGCCGGGGGAACCCUCCCGUGGUGCCCGAAGCCGCCGGGAGCCCCGUGCGGGCGCGCUGCCAGCACCCAGUGCCCCGACACGUUCCCUCGGCCGUGUGGCAAUGGGGCCUGGCAGGUGGAGAGGCUCCAGGCUGUCGCACCGGGCUCGCUCUGGUUAUCGGAGCCGCAGAUAACCCGCGCCUGGGCUGGGCCGAGGCGCUGCUCCUCAGCCUCCCGGCAGCCACCGGACCAGCCCUGCCAGCGGCCGCUGGCCCCGGGCCCCCCCCUCCUCGCACCCCACGCCUGUCCCAGGCUCCCGGGCAGGGCUGGCCCCGACCCCACCAGGACCGAGGGUCUGGGAGCCACCGCUGUGUCCCCAGGGUGCUGCCGGCCCCGCAGAGCUCGGCCCUGGGUGCCCCGCGCCCCUCGGACCCUUGAAGCCCACCCGGAGCCAGGCGCCCUCCCGGGUACCCGCAGAGCAGUCCCCAGCUGGGCAGAGCGGCGUGGGGCUAUUUUUAGAGGAGUAAAAGUCUCUGUUAUAAAUAGCAGCAGCUCCAGACGGCGAUAAACUGAGAUGGAUUUGCAGGCGUUUGCCCAGCCCGUCCCCACGGCUGCUGCUCGUUAAUGGCUCUGCAGGGCCGGGAUGCGCUGAACCGCCCCGCGCGGGUCCUGGCUGCUGCUGGAGCCCCCUGCGGGGGGGCUGGGCUGAAAAUCCCCCUCCCAGGUGUGCCCCCGAAGGUGCUGAGCUCUCAGGAGCACUCACACCGUCCUGGUGCCACAUCCAGCCCCGUCCACUCCCAGCAAUGGCAGGAUUGGUCCCGUGGGGGCUCCAGCGGUGCUCAGCACACUGGGGGUGGGGGGGGAGGACCCCCAAAAGACCCUGCCCAGAGGCUGCUCUGUGCGUGCCGUGAGCCAGCCAAAGCCUCUGCGCAUCCUCCAGCCCCGUCCAGCCUCCGUGGGGCUCCCCGGGCAGAGCAGGGAUGGGGAUGGGGCCAGGCCGGCUGCUCUCUCGCUGGCCUGGAAGCCGAAUCCCCAGAGUCUCCGUGGGUGCUCUGGGUGUUUCCACCAUAAAACCCGCCUGGUCUGACCGCAUGCCUUUCCCAUUAGCGGCCCCGAUGGGGAUCUGCGGGCUGGGCGCACGCUCCAAUGCCUGGGCUGGAGCCGGGCCCCGCUGCAGGCUCAGUGCCUGGGUUCACCCCCUCCGUGCAGCGUCCAUCCCGCAGCCCCCAGCCCCAAUCCCCGCUGGUGCCAGCCAGGCGAGCGGCACUGGUGCCCAUGGGGAGCACCGGCCUGGCCGCACUCUGGUGCCUGCAGCCCCCUGCCCUGGCACGGAGCCUUCGUGCACCCCUCCAGCACCAUCCAGCUGUGCCCGCUGCCUCCCCCCAGACCCCCACCCGCCGCUACCCUACACCCUUCGCCCCCUCCAGGGCCCUGCUGGCCCCGGUGGGAUGGUCGGGCUGAGAGCGGGGUCAGGUCCCUGGGGCUCUGCAGCGUGUGUUGGGCAGGGGCACAGCUGCCAGUUUGGGGAGAAUAAACACGAGGUGGGUGUGGGUCAAAGGCUGACCGCUUGUUCAGGCAAGCGGAGCCUUGGCUCGGUGUCGCUCCAGCUCCGCUCCCGGGGGCAGCUGGGCCAAGGGAGGGCAGGAAUAAAGACCAAACCCUCCCCAGGUCAUGGCUUUCCCCCUCCUGCUCCUGACUCAGGCUGCAGCCCUUGCUCCCCACUGUCCCUCUGUGGGGAAGGCAUCCCUCCAUCCCUCCCUCCAUCCCUCCAUCCCUCCGUCCACGUGUCUGUCUGUCUGUCCGGCAAGGCUCGGCGGUGCUGUCCCUCGCUGGUGGCACUCGGUGGGCAGAGCCGUGGUGCUGGGGAAGGGCCCCUCGGGGAGGUCGCCCACCUCACUGCGGCGCUUCGCUGUCCCGCAGGCAUCGUCGAGAUCCGGUCGGUGCGUGUCGGCGUCGUGGCCAUCCGGGCGGUGCACACCGGCUUCUACCUGGCCAUGAACAAGCAGGGGCGGCUCUACGGGUCGAAGGAGUUCAGCCCCAACUGCAAGUUCAAGGAGCGCAUCGAGGAGAACGGCUACAACACCUACGCGUCGCUGCGCUGGCGGCACCGGGGCCGCCCCAUGUUCCUCUCGCUCAACAGCAAGGGCAGGCCGCAGCGAGGGGGCCAGACGCGCCGGCAGCACCUCUCCACGCACUUCCUCCCCAUGCUCAUCAGCUGAGCCUGGCUCCCAGACGGUCCUGUGGAAAAAAAGGGAAAAAUAGGGUUAUUUUAUAAGUGUAAAUAUCUUUUUUUUUUUUUUGCUAUUUAUUGUUUUAUUUUUUAAACGCAUGGUGGACGAUGGACAUGGACACGAAAGCUCCGGGCUGAAAGCUGUGUGGGGAUGUGGCCGUGCAGGGACGCGGCCGUCCCCGGUGUCCCGUGGGGGCAGAGCCGCACGUUGGGGCUGGGGCACGCGCCCACCGUGGGCAGGGGCUGCCAACGUCCCCCCCCACCCCAAGCAGCCACCACCAGCCCUGGGGCUGGGACGUCCCGGGGCUGCGUUCGGUUUGUGGAAAUUAAAGCUGUGUUUGUGGCACACA